AUGAAGAUAUAAGCUUCUUUUGUAUCUAAAACAAUAGUUUUCCUUUUUUACUUAAUUCAUUCAGCUUACACCACCUGGCGCUAGAUAAAUACAGAAUUUGUAGGUACUAGCUGGCCUAAUACACUAAAGAAUUGGUAAAUAAUCGGAGUUUCAACUACUCCUUCAAGUGUAUGCAAUCAAAAUGCUUCGCAAUAAAAGAUUUUUGGAGGAUAAGGAAAAUUUGGAACAGGCGUUAUAUUGAUUAAAUCUUAUUCUAGUCUUCCUCCACAUAAAAAUAUAAGAAUUAAAUUUAAUGGGUAUUUUAUUGCUACUCAGGCAGUAGCUUCGGCAUCAAGUGUAGUUACUUUUUGUGGAGAUUACAACACUGUAUCUUAUGUGUGCAAUCCAUUUGCUCAAAAAUUGUCUUUUUCUUAUACUGAUGGCUCGCCAUAUUAGUGCUAAAUUAAUCCAUCAUUUGAAUAAAAAUAUGCUUUUAGUCUAACUUUUGCACAUUCUAAUCUGAAUGUAAAUUUCGCUAUAACAAAUAACUUUUUGCUUUAAUCUAGUGCUUUAAGCUUUGCUAUAUCAGAUUUUGAAUUAGAUGUUGAUGCUUGUCAUUCAAGCUGUGCAACUUGUACAGGUGAUACAUUCGAUACUUGUGCGUCAUGUGUUACAAAUGCAAAUCUUAGUAACAAUAUGUGUAUUUGUAAUCCAGGGUUUUAUCCAUAAUAUUAACAAGCACCAUGUUUAACUUCACCAUGUUUAAUUUGCUAACCUUGUUAUAAUAGCUGUGAUACAUGUUACGGACCUUCACAAAAUUAAUGUUUAUCAUGCAAAAACACAAAUAAUCCUUUAUUGUAUCUUCAAAAUUUCACUUGUGUUGCAGGAACUUCUUGUAUUCCUGGAACUUAUCCAGAUACCUUUACCUUAAAGUGCUAGCCUUGUAAUCAGAGUUGUGCAACAUGCACAGGUUCCAGCGAUCUCUUAUGCACUUCAUGCUAAAGCCUAAGAUACUUGAACCCAAUUAAUGUUGGAGAUAUAUUUGGAAAAUGUGUUAGUACUUGCCCACUUGCUAAAGUUUUAGUCGGUAGUUAGUGUGUACCGUGUGCAGAUACUGAUUGUAUAUAAUGCUAAUCUAAUGCAGCCAAUACUUGUUAAUAAUGUACUACUGAUAAUUCGAAAAACUAUUUACUAUUCAAUAAUAUAUGCGUUAAUGAUAGACCUAGUGAUUCCUAUUACAUAGAUAGCACUAAACGUUAAAUAUUUAGUUGUAUAAGUCCUUGCUUAACUUGUAGUCAGUACUAAGGUAAUGUUUGCGUGACCUGUGUUACUGGCUAUUCUCUCUCAUUAAGCACAUGUGUCACAAAAUGUCCUGACGGUUAAUAUUCUUUAAAUUAAGUCUGCACAAACUGCGACAAUAAUUGCUUAACAUGUUCUGGAACUGCAGUUCAUUGCUUGACUUGUAAAACAAAUAUGUUUGUGGAUCCUGUUGAUUUUAAAUGUAAGGUUUGUUAAGGCAGCACAUAUGGUGAUACUGUUAGUGGAACUUGUAAACCUUGCGAUUCUAGUUGCUUAACUUGUAAUGGAGGUACAAAUACAAAUUGUCUAACAUGUAAUUAAUCAGGAGCCUAACCAUAUUACAUUGUUUCUUCAUUAUAGUGUGUGAGCAAUUGUCCAGCUUUUCCUUAAGAUUUAUAUGGAAAUGAUAUAAGUGUUCCGAAACUAUGCGUUCAAGGGUAAAAUUGCCCUGCAUAGUACUACCCAGAUGCUACAUCUACUCCAAGAAAAUGCAAUCCAUGUAAUCCGACUUGCUCUUAAUGCUUUGGUCCUUCAAAUAACUAGUGCUCUGGAUGCUCAGGAAUUUUAGUUCUUUAAGGUACUGUUUGUAUAGCUAACUGCAAACCUGGAUAUUAUCCUGAUACUAAUAGAAUUUGCUAAAUUUGUGAUACUUCUUGCAAAGAAUGUAAUGGAGGAGGUCCUAAUUUUUGUACAACUUGUAAUUCUCCACUAUUUCUCUCCAUAAGUGCUUCAGGAAGUUUUUGUAAAGUAACUUGUGAUACCCCAACAUUUGGAGAUUAGGCAUCUUUGACUUGUGUGAAUUCAUGCUAACCAAAUUUUUAUCCUAAUGUUAAUACAAGAUUAUGCACACUUUGUCAUCCUGCAUGCGAUGGAUGUACUGGAGGUUAGAAUAACAAUUGCAACUAAUGUGCUCCUCCAUACUUUAAAUUUUAAGGUAACUGCGAUUAUUGUCCUGAUUAAUACUAUGGAGACGCAGCAAGUAAAACUUGUCUUCCAUGCCCAAGUGAAUGUGCUAUAUGUACUGGCUUAUCAUCUUGCUAAAAGUGCAAUCCUAGCUACUACUUAGAUGGCUCAACUUGUGUACAGUAAUGCAGCUUACCUAAAUGGGGUUCGUAAUUAACUAACACAUGUGAAAUGGCCUGCCCAAUUAGAACAUAUGGAGUUAUAGUGAAUAGCACUUAGAGAGUUUGCAUGCUGUGUUCCUAAAAUUGUGCAAAUUGCUAAGAUUCUUAAAAUUGUAUAGACUGUUUCUAUCCAUACUUUUUAAACAAUAGUAAUCAAUGUGUUUUACUCUGCCCUUCCAAUUAAUAUGCUAAUAGAUAACUUAGAAUUUGCAAAGAUUGUGAUCCUUCAUGCAAGACCUGUUCUGGAGGACUUUCUUCAAAUUGCCAAAGUUGUUAAAGUGGUAGCUAUUUAUAUAAUGGAGUUUGCUAUACUAUCUGUCCAAGUGGAACUUUUUCUAAUGGAGAUUACUGUUCGUCUUCUUGUUAAAUAGGAUUCUAUCCUGAUGUAACUAAUAAUGCUUGCAAAAAAUGUGAUCCAGGCUGUUUAGAAUGCUAUGGUAAAUUCUUUGAUAAUUGCAUAACUUGCAAAUCUGGGUUCGCCUUGGUUAAUAAUUAAUGCGUUGCUACUUGCCCAAAUGGAUAUUAUGAAUAAUUACUGCCAAUUUCUUAAGUUAGUCCAAAAAGUUAAAAUUAAAAUAAUAAUAUGAGAACUUGUCAGUUGUGUCCGACUUAAUGUUAAUUAUGUUCAAAUACUUUAUCUACUAAUUUAAGUUAGAAAAAUAUAAUUUGCUCAUAGUGUUCUGCUGACAACUUUUUGAAUGAUUAAUAAUGUAUUGAAAAUUGCCCUGAUGGAAAAAUAGUAAAUAUUCCUAAUAGAACUUGUGAUAGCUGUCCUGAUGGAUAUUAUAAAUACGACAAACAGACAUGCAAGCAAUGCCACUUUAGUUGCAAACAAUGCACUGGAUAUAACUAUAACCAAUGUACUUUGUGUUGGGAUAAUAGAGGAAGAGAGUAUAUUCAGCCAGACAAAACUGUAGUUAGACUGCCUUAUUAAUCUGUUUGUGAGUGUGAUCCAGGAUUUUCUGAUUUAAUGGAGAAUGAGUGUGUUUCUUCUAUAGGAAAUGAAUUUCGCACAGUUUAAGCAUCAGAGAGUUUUUCUAUAAUUUUUCCCUGUUUAAUGUUUUUCGAUUUGUAUUUUUUCGGCAAUCCAAUCAAUCUACUUUUUUCAUUUGAAGUAGUAUAACAAAUUUCAUUACUGUAAUACACAAAUAUCCCUUUAUCUUUAGAUAUUAUGAAACUAUUACACUUUAUUUAAGGAUUUCAUUUAACAGACUUGCCUAAUAAGCCAUUCAGUUUAGAAGUAAACUCACCAAACAGUCAAAUUUAACCAUCAAAAGGAACUUAAAGAAUAUUAGCCUCAAUAUAAAAUUAAGACUCUUACUAUAAAUUUUCAAGCAAUGAUAAGUCAAAUAACUUUUUGAAUAAUAGCAUUUACUUGAUUGGUGUUCAUCUUUUACUUUGGGCUUUUAUCUUCUUCUGUAAAAUAAGUUAGAAAAACUUUUAGCUUAAAAGGUUGGGGUUCUUAAAUAAGGUUUACUUUUAUUUAGACUUGACAGUUAUGCUGUUUGUGUACUUUUUAACUAAUUAUGAGAUGAUAUUAAAUGUUAUUCUCUAACUUAAUGAUGUGGAUACUAGUACUUCAUACAAUUCGUUCAGCUUUGCCCUAUGCAUAAUUUUUUUGGUUUACUAUUUCUUCUUUUUUAUAAAGAUUAUAUUCAAAAUAAAUAUUGAUAAGAUUUUCUUCAAGUCAAAACCACCACGCAAACCUUAUUUAAUCAACCAAUUUACUCGUUGGUGCCUCUUGUUUUUUACAAUAAGGCAGAGGUAAUCUUUACAAAGGAAUUUUUAUGUCUUGCUUUAAAUUAAAAAGAUAAUCACUUGCAUACUUCUAGUUACUCUUUAUAGCAUACCAUCAGCUUAAAUACUUUCAACUAUGGUUGUGUAUAUCCUAUUCUUCUUUUAUUUAGCUCUCUAUAAGCCUAUAGUAAACCCAUACAUUUUAGCUUUACUGCUUAUUAAUGAAGGAUUUAUGAUUCUUUUCUACAUUCUCUCAUUUUUGAUUUACUAAUAAUAAUACUCAUAUGAUACUUCUGUUCAUUUAAAUAGGACAUUGCUAGCCCUACUAUUUUUAGUUUUCUUUGCAAACCUGUUCAUUGGAUUUUUGAUUAUCUUUAAAAAGAGAAUUUAAAUUAAGCAAUAACUGUAAAGCAUAUACACAACUAUUCGUGAUUAUAUACUUGGUAAGAACAGGGUAAAAGAUUAUUAAGAGAAAUUAUAAAAGAAAAGAAGGAGUAAAAGGGCUAAGCUUGAUAACAUGGGCGAUAUAGUAGAGGAAGAUGAAAAUGAUGAAGAAGAAGAUGAAGAAAGUGAAUAAGAGUAAGGUGAAGACGAUUACAAUUAAGAUAUUCAAGUUGAAAACAUUGAAGGAGAGAGUUCAGGUUUUUAACCUAAUGAAAAAAUAUUUCGCAGAAUCAAAAAGAAAAAACUAAAUGACCAAAAUAAUUCAUCUUAAAAAUCAUUUUUGAAUAGAAUUGAGUCAACAGAAUAUUACAAUAUUGACGAUUCAAAUACAAUCAAGAAAAGACAUGGAGUAGUUUAUUUAAAAGAAGAUUUAAAUUAUCAGUAGUAAAUAGAAUUUAAAAAUAGGUUAAGACGUGAUCAGCGUCUUCCUAAAUUGCAACAAAACAAUAGCAACUAAAUGAAUAAAAACAUGAAUAAUAACUAAAAAUCUGUACUUGUUUAGCUUUAAAUGAGUUCAAAGGGAAGAUAAUAAUAGAAUGCAAUUACAAGUUCAAAUCAAUUAAAUAGCAGUAAUCAGCUCGAUAAUUCAAUAGUGUAGCACAUAGAUAAUAGCAUGGAUUAAAGUUAUUAGUAAAUUUUAGUUGAUAAUAAUAAAUAGAGUAGUAGUAUGUAUAAUAUUGUUGAUUUAGAUUAAGAAGAGUGGAUUGGUAAAAGGAAAAUUUUGUAAGAAAAACUUGAUUAAGUAGAUGAAAUGGAUGAGAUUAUUGAUGAAGCUCUAGAUUAAGACGAUGAAAUUAAUAUGGAACGCUUAAAACAGAUAUAAUUAAUGAGAUCUGAAUAAAAUUAUUAUCUUAGGUAAUAGCAGAAGAAUCAAAGAAAUAAUCCUUAAGAUUUAAGAGAAUCUUUUAUUUAGCAAAAUUAUAAUAAUUAUGAUGAGUAUGUAGGCACAAAUGAAGAUUUUAACAACCGUCCUUCAUCUAGAUUAGAAGGAUAUGAUUUUAAUAAUCUCAAUUAGUAUAAUUAAAAUAUGGAUUAAAGGUAUUAAUAAAUGGAAUAAAAUAAUCCUUACCAAAGCUAAGAUAGAGAUGAUUUUAACAUAAAUUAAGAGAAUAAUAACCAAAAUCUUUAGUUUUAAGAGUUAUUUGGGUUAGAUAGAAUUGAGUACUACGAUCAUAGCUUAGAUGAAGAACAAAGAAUGCAGAGAGAGGCUUAGGAUUUAAAUUAUAGAGAUUAUAUGAUGUAGCAAUAAUAAACUGCUCUCUAAAAUAUGAAUAUUUAUUAGAAUAAUUUGAAAUAUUAAUCAUCUGCAUUGAAAAAAAUUCCUACCAGAAAUUAUGUAUCAGGAGCCAGAGACUACUCUGCUUCUGAUUUAGUUGAUAGGUAUAAUGAAGUAGAUCCAGAGUAGCUUAAAAAGUACUUGGAAUAUAAAAAGAAGUAUAAACUCACACAGAAGUUUGGAUUUUUAAGUAAAUCUUCUCUUUCUUAAUCUCCAGAAAAGAGGCUAAAUAGUAACUAAAGCAGAGUAGAAGACCCACAAAGAAUAGAGCUAUAGCUACAGUAAUUUUACUAAUAACAAUGA